AUGGUGUGGAGCAGUGUGGCGGAGGGACCUCCAGACCGGUCAGGAUUCCGCUGCGUGCGUGAACGCGCUGCCGGGGUUCUCCCGGAGAAUGUGGGGAUCAAAGGGAUGGACAUCAAGGUGACCCCACCCCCGGGCCUUGGGGCAGAGCGGGUGCCACGGGCCGUGGGCGUCCAGAUGCGGGUGGACCUCCUCCGGAGCCUGUUCGGGAAGGCCACGCAACAGGGUCUGGACUGCUACAUCAUCGACAACAACGCCUUCAUCCUGGUGUCCGCCAGGCCUCAGGAGACAGGACGAUUUCUGGGGCAGGUGGACGGUGCCCUCAUGGCCCAGCUGCUGGACAUGGGUGUGUUCAGCCAGGUGACCAUGUACGACUACCAGGCCAUGUGCAAGGCCCCGGCCCAGCGGCCCAGUGCCGCCCAUCCCCUGGCCAGCCCGCUCUCCGCCUGCCUCGCCGUGGCUCGCUGGCUGAUGCAUGAGCUGCUGCUGUCCCUGCUGGAGUGGAGCUCCUGGGGCUCCUGGCUGGACAGAGGGGCAGAGGCGCACAAGCACAAGAAGCAGGACGUGCUGCACCCCUGCGACACCGAGUACCCGGUGUUCGUGCACCAGGCGGCCGCGCGCCAGGCCAGCGGGGCCAUCCCGUGCGGGGCCUGCUGGAAGGCGUUUGCGAUGCAACAGAUCCCCCGCAGCAACCUCCUCCUGCUGGCCACUGACCCGGACUGCAGCUGCAGUGACUUCCCACCCAUCCUGCGGGAGGCCGCGGAGGUCAGAUACAACGCCUCGGUCAAGUGUGAGCGCAUGCGCUCCCAGAAGCCCCGGCGGCGCCCGGACGCCUGCCACGCCUUUCAUCCCGAGGAGAACGCGCAGGACUGCGGAGGCGCCUCGCACACCUGGCCUUCGCUCCCGCUGCUCCUGCUCACCACGUGGGGCUGGCUGCCGGCGCCCUGGCUGCUCUGA